AUGGCCACAGUCCACAACCACAUCGACUCCUCCUCAGUCACCGGAGGACCUUGGCUCACAACCUAUUCCCGAGCCCUCAGUUCCAUCUACGGAACCGACGAAGACCACUGCUGGGACUACCUUCUCUCCUCCUCCAUCGACUCUCGAGCCAACACCCCUUCAAACACAAACACCACCUCCACUCCCACCAACUACAUCAACAGUCUGUACUACAACAACAACAACAACAAUGCUCAAGAUAUGGCCUCAACACUAGCACCUCUGAGUCCUGCAACUCUUUCCCACGCACUAUGCAAGAUUGGAUUCGACUGCAUCGAUUACUUUACCGCCACACAGCUCGACGACGACGACGAUGAUACCAAGCCACCUACCCCAACACCUUCUCCCACCGCUUCUGCAAACCCACCAGUCUACACAAAUCCCAUGCUGGACGAAUUGACAGAUUCGGACUGGAGGACUGGUCUGGCCGCCGCUGUGUGUGGGAAGCGUACCGCGGCACUUGAACGGAGACGUGCCCUGUCAAGGACCAUGAGCCAGGACGAGUUCUCGUCCUUGUCCUCUGGGAAUGGGAUGGAUGUGUCCCCACUUGCUCCUCUUACUGCUGCCAACAUCGCUACCGUCACCGCCACCACCGUCGAGUCAAACAACGGCACCACGAACGAUGAAGCAAACCCCACAGAUCGCCCUCGGAAGCGCGAUCCUUGGUUCGAGGCGUUGGAUCGUCUUGCUCGUUGGGAUGAGGUCGCCUACCGCUAA